UACUACGUUCUGAGUACCUGAGGAAUUCUGUAAUCAGUUCAGCUGUGCGCCGCUAGGAGGCGCCUUGGUCCUUUGGCUCCUGCAGAGAAUGUUCUGUCUUCUCAUGUGUAUAUUAUCGUCAGCCUCCAGCAACACACUGGAGCUGAAACCCCGGACUGGACAGCUGUUAGUUGGAUGAUGGAGGUGCAGCGGUGACAUCUGGACAUACCGGGGAAUGAACGCCGUGUGCGGAGACAUCAGGACGUUGCCGCACGCAUCCCUCACAGAACGUGACAGCGAUGAGGCACACAGGCUUUCUGCACUGUGGAGAUGCAGCUGAAUAACCUGGACUGCAGAUAAAACUGGGAGCUGCAGGAGGAAGGGUGGGGACCAAUCACUGCUGGAAAAGGACUGCAGCUCAUGGAUGAAACUAGAGGCUGAUGAGAGUGACGUGCCAUAGGACUGCUGCUGCUGCUGCUAAGUCUCGGAGCUCAUUCUCAUUCACAGCCUCACUCCCUGUUCGUUGGUACGACAGGGACAUUUAAUCCAGGUUUACAUCCGAGUCACAGAGCAGAACAUCUGGAUGUCUGAGAAAUGGAUACCCAGUGAUCUUUGAAGGGGGAGACUGCCAACCUGCCUCUGUUCCGAGGCGACAGCAUCCAGCCACCGGCGCUUCUAAAGCUCACAGUUUAACACCAAACCAAAACCAUGAUCUUUUCCAAACCUUAAAAAGUGCUUUUGCUGCCUAAACCUAGACCCGACUCUGGACCUCCGGUCUCUGCUGUGACAGUCUGGUGUGCUCGCCAUCCACACCAGCACCUCCCAACAGCUCUGGUGUGAGCAACGGUGACUCCCAUCGCCACUGCUGGGACAUGCUACUUGGGUAGCAAAGCUGACUGAGGGGAGCGCCUAACCUCGUAUACCCUGUUACUCUCCUUCCCUUCUUAACACACACGCACACAGAGUCGGGCCAAUUCCAGCACAACCAUGCUGAUCAAGGAGUAUCGUAUCCCCAUGCCGAUGAGCGUGGAGGAAUACCGCAUCGCUCAGCUCUACAUGAUCCAGAAGAAGAGCAGAGAGGAGAGCUGUGGCGAGGGCAGCGGGGUGGAGAUCCUGGAGAACAGGCCCUACGAGGACGGCCCCGGAGGCUCGGGUCAGUACACGCAUAAGGUCUAUCACAUCGGCAAACACAUCCCGUCUUGGUUCUGUGCCAUUCUGCCUCAAGCUGCACUGCGAGUGGAGGAGGAGUCCUGGAACGCCUACCCCUAUACACGCACCCGGUAUACUUGCCCCUUUGUAGAGAAAUUCUCCAUAGACAUUGAGACAUAUUAUAAACCAGAUACUGGAAAUCAAGUGGAUGUUUUCAGUCUGUCCUCUAAUGAAAAGAGACAGAGGACCAUAGACCCCAUAGACAUUGUAAAGGACUACAUCCCUCCUCAUGAGUACCUGGUGGAAGAGGACCCCAAGCUGUAUCAGUCAGUCAAGACCAAGCGAGGUCCGCUGGCUGAGGACUGGAUCGAGGAGAUCAACCAGCGUCCUGGUCAGGGCCCUGUCAUGUGUGCCUACAAGCUGUGUAAAGUGGAGUUCAGAUACUGGGGCAUGCAGUCCAAUAUCGAGCGCUUCAUACAUGAUGUGGGCCUGCGUAAGGUGAUGGUCCGAGCCCACCGGCAGGCGUGGUGCUGGCAGGACGAGUGGUACGGCCUGACCAUGGAGGACAUCAGGCAGCUGGAGCUGGAGACCCAGCUGGCAUUAGCUAAGAAGAUGGCACAGUACAGUCUCAGUGAGGAGGGGGGGACGGAGAACAACGGUUCCUCCGUCAGCCAGGACCAGGAGCAGGGUGCUGAGACCGGAGGAUCGGCUGCAGAGGCAGAAGGGGUUGCAAUGGAGACACGAGGGGAGCUCACCAAGCAGUGGUCCACUUCGUCAAAAUCCUCCAAUAGGUCAUCGAAGAGAGGAGGAAGUCCAUCUCAUCAGAACAUCUCAGAGUGGAGGAUGCAGAGCAUCGCCCGCGACUCAGAAGACAGUACAGAUGACGAGUUCUUCGAUGCACAUGAGGACUUCUCUGACAACGAGGAGAUGUUUCCCAAGGAGAUCACCAAGUGGAGCUCCAAUGAUCUGAUGGACAAGAUAGAAACAAUAGAGGUGGAUGAAGCACAAGAACCUUUGUACCAGGAGUCGGGCGGGGAGUAUGCCGUGAUGAGUAACGAGGAGACGCAGAUGGAGGACUGCUCGUCUCAGCAGUGUCUCCAGCCAUGCAAAAUCCAUGUCCUCAUUCUGGUCCUGCAUGGAGGAAACAUUCUGGACACUGGCUCUGGAGAACAGAGCAGCAAGCAAGCAGAUGUAAACACGCUGACCGGGGCUUUUGAGACCGUGAUGAGGGUCCAUUACCCUGCCGCGCUGGGCCGCAUCGCCAUCCGGAUGGUCCCCUGUCCUGCUGUGUGCGUCGAUGCGUUCUCACUGGUCUCCAGCCUGAGCCCCUACAGCUACGAUGAGGGCUACCUGUCGAGCAGUCAGGACCACAUCCCGCUGGCUGCUCUGCCUCUUCUGGCCGCUGUGGCAGCUGUCAUCUUACGAGCCAAUCAGGUGUAUGCUGACUUCAUCAAGUCUUUAGAGGGGGCAUCUUUUAAUGGCCAGGUGUGUGUUAUUGGGGACUGUGUUGGGGGUAUCCUGGGCUUUGAUGCUCUGUGCAGCAGCUCUGUGACUGUGUCCGAAAGCCAGAACAGCAGCAGACGGGGCAGCACCAUCAGUGGACAGGACACAGACCUUCUCUCUCCAGGUAUUGUCAUCAACACUGGCUCCGCUCCCUCUCCGUCCCUCGAAGGAAGCCGCCACCUCAGCCGCAGCAACAUUGACAUCCCUGGCUGCACGGGGCCUGACGACCCCAGGAAACAACUUCCACGCAAGCGCAGCGACUCCUCCACGUAUGAGCUGGACACCAUCAAACACCACCAGGCCUUCCUGUCCAGCCUCCACUCCAGCGUGCUCCACAGGGAGCCCGGAUCACGGCGCUCCAGCAACAGCACCAUGUUGGAGGGAGGCUCCUUGGGAAAGUUCGACUUUGAGGUGAUUGACUUCUUCCUCUUUGGCUCUCCUCUGGGGUUGGUGCUUGCACUGAGGAAGACUGUGGUGCCCUCAUUAGAUGUGUCGGCUCUGCGUCCAGCCUGUCAGCAGGUUUACAACCUGUUUCAUCCAGCUGACCCCUCGGCCUCACGCCUUGAGCCUCUCCUGGAAAAGAGGUUCCACCUGCUGCCUCCCUUUAGUGUCCCCCGCUACCAGCGCUUCCCUUUGGGUGAUGGACACUCAGCUCUGCUGGUUGACACCAUGCAGAAUAACCUUCAGCUCCUGAUGGAGUCUGGUGCUGCCACAUCCCACCGCUGCCAGGAAAGCACAAUCAGUGAGACAUCCAUCCCUGUGCCCGUCCUCAACUGGCAGACCUCACAGCCCCACACAGAGACGGAUCUUCUUCACUCACAUACUUGUGCUGACAGCCACUACCCACCAUCUACAUCACCAGGGGUCCCUCACCUUCGCUCCAACCGCAGGGCCAGCGAGGCCAGCUUAACCAGCCAGGUGUCUGGCUCAGCCGACUCGAUCACGGCCUCCAACAUCGCCACCAUUGCUUCCCGGUGGUGGGGCAGUAAGAGGAUGGACUACGCCCUGUACUGUCCUGAUGCUCUGACAGCAUUUCCAACAGUGGCUCUGCCUCAUCUCUUCCAUGCCUCCUACUGGGAGUCCACAGACGUUGUCUCUGUCCUACUCAGACAGGUGAUGAGACACGAGAACUCCAGUAUUUUGGAGCUGGAUGGUAAAGAAGUGUCUGAAUUCACUCCGUCCAAACCUCGUGAGAAGUGGCUCCGCAAGAGGACUCAUGUUAAAAUUAGAAAUGUGACAGCUAACCACCGUGUGAACGACGCAGUGUUCACUGAGGACGGAGCCCAGACGGUGACGGGACGUUUCAUGUACGGCCCGCUGGACAUGGUCACCCUCACUGGGGAGAAGAUUGACAUCCACAUCAUGACCCAGCCUCCGUCUGGAGAGUGGGUGUACUUCAACACAGAGCUGACCAACAGCAGUGGACGCAUCUCUUACGUCAUCCCUGAGAGCAAAAGGCUUGGUAUUGGGGUGUAUCCUGUCAAAAUGGUGGUCAGGGGUGACCAUACAUUUGCAGACAGCUAUCUCAGCAUUGUACCACGUGGAACAGAGUUUGUUGUAUUCAGUAUCGACGGGUCAUUUGCUGCUAGCGUUUCUAUAAUGGGCAGUGACCCAAAGGUUCGAGCUGGAGCUGUGGAUGUCGUAAGGUACUGGCAGGACUUGGGUUAUGUGAUAGUAUACGUAACAGGUCGUCCUGACAUGCAGAAGCAGCGUGUGGUGGCCUGGCUCUCUCAGCACAACUUUCCUCAUGGCAUCGUCUCCUUCUGUGAUGGGCUGGUUCACGACCCGCUCCGACACAAGGCCAACUUCCUCAAAUCCCUCAUAAGUGAGGCCCAUAUGAGAAUCUUUGCCGCCUAUGGUUCCACUAAGGACAUCUCACUGUACGCGUCUAUUGGCCUGCCUCCGUCUCAUAUCUACAUAGUGGGAAGGCCCACGAAGAAAAUGCAGCACCAGUGUCAGUUCAUCCCCGAUGGCUACGCUUCCCACCUGUCCCAGCUGGAGUACAACCAGAGAUCCCAUCCUGCAAAGUCCACCAGCACCUGCAUGGUCCUCCGCAAGGGCAGCUUUGCCCUGGGUGCAGCCGGAGGAGACUUCCUCCGCAAACGCAACCACAUGUUUCGCACCAUCUCCACCCAGCAACCAGGAGGGGCAGGGUCCAGCUCCCCCAGCCACCCAGUGCGAACCGAGCGCACUCUGAGCCAGUGCGAGGUGGAGCGGGAACGAGGAGUCACUGCAGCAACCCAGAGGAGUAUGAGUAUAGCUGCAGGAUGCUGGGGUCGCAGCGGGAGCACCAAGGAGGGCAGUGGAGGGUUACUCGGCCCAAAAUAAGGUUCAAAGUGGAGAUGUGGUGUGAGCUAACAACCUGGCCUGAGCCACCAUGAUCUCUGGGCUGGACAAAGGUGGAUGAAAAGAUAAGAAGGCACAGGGAGUAAAUGAAAGGUUUAUAUUUAACAAAUUAGGGAUAGGAAAGGGAUAUAUCAUGAGCAACACACUUGAUUAAACAACAAACAAGGGAAGAAAGUUAAAGGGGGAUCUGUCCAGGAGUAGUGGGAUCCCCUGAACAAAAGACAAUUGUGUAGCAUGACUCUUUUGCAGUUAUACUUUUAUAGGAUACACCAGUAACUAUUAAAAAUGACAAGGGAGGAUUAAAUGAAAUAUUGCAAGCCUUAAACUAAUCUCGUGUUACGGGACCCCCUUCCCCACCUUUCUGAACACACACAUAAGCAGUACACUGUCCAAACAUUCACACUCAGGAGAAACUGCAGAACCAGGUUCAUUUACAAACAGUGAAGCACGGGUUUGGCUGCCAUGGCAAAAUGCCAGUUGACUUUCAUCUCUGUUUCUGUCCCUCUGUCAGGCAAUCAACAUUGUUCACACAGUUUAUCCAUCAAAGGUCGGCAGGAACUACAGAAAACUCUGUGCAUAAAGAGGAAGACAAAGGAAAGGGAAGAAAAUUGGAAAUGAAAUAUUGGAAAUAUUUUUACAGAGUGGGUCUUCCAAAUGACAAGAAGCGUCAUGGUAUUUAGUCAUACAGAGUUGUUUUAUUUGUCUAGGAGGCAUCUCUCUCAGCCAGUUCUGUCUCCCCUCUAAUACAGUAGAGGAGAAUGGGUUGUUCAGUGGAACAGCGUUCUUCAUGUGAUGGCCAAACGAGGCUUUCCUGAAGCAAUGAGGCUUUGCAGUCUGUUGUAUCGCCAGAGAUUUAUUACUCAAAGCCUCAUUUUACUUGAGUUUCACUCAUGAUACUUUCUACUGAAAGUAAUGAAGUGCAGCCAAAUCAUAAUCAACUGUGCCGUUGGCAAAUGUAUUGCAGCAGCUGAGAGUGCUUGUGUAGCUGAGAGAAGAAAGAGGAUCCUUUAUUGAGUUUUAUUUAGAAAUAAAAGUUUUUAUCAUUUUAUAUGCCAUAUAUCCUUUACAUUUUAGAGAGAGAUAUAUUAAAGACAUUUCCUCUUUCUUGCAGGAUCCAUCUAGUGCUCACACUGUCAAGAGUUCUUCAGUACAUUACUUAGCAUACUGACAAAGUCUCAGCACUUUCUCUAAACCAGUCACCCAACUACCCACGAAAGGUUCAGGGUUCCCGGUCAGUUUAUCAACAAAUCAAAACUCAAACUGAAAUGGUCAUGUGAUUUUGUAUGAAACAAGGCAAGCUUCAGCAGAAACUGCUGUACGUCUCGAGUCACACUUCAGAGGCUCGGUGUCAUAGGUAACAUCACUACAUUCUACAGAAAAAUAAUUCCUAUGAAAAUAUGCUGUUAAGUAUUUUAAAGCCGUAUUACUUUUGGUCACGUGGGGGCUGCAGAUGUUGUAAACACAACUGAGAUCUCAAUACCUGGGCACAAAAAAACAAAAAGCGUCUGCGUAGCUACAAGAGGUGACUGAAAAGAUAUGCAUUUUCUUCUCCAGUUCUUUGAGAGCUGGAUUUAAAAUCAUAAAAUAUAUCAGAGAGGAAAGUGCUUCUUGUCUUAGUCAGACCAGUUGCAUUCAUCACGGAUGUGCUGCGAUACUUACGUCUAUCACUUUGUAGUAUUAUCCUGUUUCAGUGUGGCCUCUGUGUCAUCCAAGGCCCUAAUAUCUAAUGAGACAAUUAGUCCACAGACGGAACAGAAAAAACAGGGCAUGCAGCAUUAAAGCGACAAGUGAAACUCUGUACAGUCUACAGCAACUAUCCCUUUAUAUAUUCAUCUGCUUGCAAUACCUCUGAUCCACAUGUGCUGCUGCCGGGAGACACUUGUGUGCUGUUCCCUGGCUUUUUGCUCAUAGGAUACUGUACGGGACAGACCUGGUGUUUCUGCUGGAAAGCCGGUUUUAUUUCAGGCUGGACACUCGGAGAGAAGGAGCCUUCACUCACAGAAACCUGCUUAAACUUUCAGUAUUUUUACCAAAUGGACCGGUGAGUGGGACUUAAGUGAUUCAGCGUGAAUGUUGACGAGACUGGACUGAUCCUUUUGCUGGUGACUGUGGAGGUGAAGAGAAAAUCAGUGGUGCCGUCAUGAGAGCAAGCAUCAUUUCACUGAACUGUGUAUCUUCAUACAAAUGGGUUGUAGAAGAAGAAGAAGCCAGCUCACACCUCCAGUCCAAAACUACAAAAAUGUGCACAAAGUAGGUGGAUUUUCUAGUGCUGAUGCCACCCUCACUCCAAGAUAGUUUUGCAAGUCUGUCUUGCAACAGUAGGUCAGGUGCUUGUAUGAACUUUGCAGCUGUUUCAUUUACUCCUUUUCAUACUAACUGUUAAAAGGUCCCUGCUUUUUUUUAAAUAUACAAAAAUUUAUAUGAAGGUACAGCAGCCAGAAUUUGACAAAUCUUUAGUGCAAAAUUAGAUUAAAACAGCAUUUUGGACAAGUUCCAGUCAGGUGUCAGGGUGCACCACAGUACUGAGUCGGCUCUGGUAAAAGUGACAAAUGAUUUACUGCAGUUUUUAGACUCGGGAAAUUGUGCCAUUCUAACUUUUAAUAUUCUUGAGUCAUCUCCAGCAUGUACAAGGCAUUCAGGCUAAUGCCUUAAAAUGCUUUUCGUUGUAUCUGCAACAUAGAUCGGCACCAGUUAUUACAUUUCAUCCUCUCCUGCGGUGUGCCCCAUGGCCCAAUUCUAGGCCUUAUUAUAUUUUCAUUAUACAUCCUCCACUGAGAUCUGUCUUCAGGAAAUUCAACAUCCCUUAUCCAGACAGCUUUACAUGAAACCUAGUAAACACAAAUUACAUUUUCAUUGAAUUCACAUUACUCACUCACACCGAGGGACUCACUUUACAGCCACAAGCAAAACGUUUUUCUGUGUUCAAACAGGCACCUGCCUUUGUUUUAAGACAGACUUGAAAAAUUGUGAACCUGAAAGCUUUUAGAGUAAAGAUGUGUGGAGUGGUUGUACCUCUUAUUCUCUUCAUUCUAUGCUGUUGUUUUAUGCCCAGCUUCCACGUUGCACAGGAGUGUCUGUUUGCACUCUGUGUGAUCAGCAACGUCUUCAAUCCACCACAAAAGCCAAAAUAAUUCUCUAAUACUGUAGUUAAUCAACUGUAUAACCUCAUUGUUUUUGCACUAGUUUACAGUGGAAAUAUUCUGUAGUUACCAUCUCAUGUUGCUGCAUUUGAACACCUAUGUAGUGCAUGACAAUUUAUUUAGGGUGUACUGUUUGUGUACGUCUGUAUAUUUUGUCAGGAUAUGAAAAUAAUAUAGUGAAGUAACUGUGCCAAACAGUAGACAGAGAAGAAUAAGUCAGGGGUCCCCAAAGUCUGACACUGAGACAACUGCGUCUCCCACCCCGCAACACCAUCCUGUCCUCCCGAUAGUCUUUGUAUUUCUUCUAUUUUGUAGAUAAUCAUGCUCCGUGUUUUGAAACUACCGUUCCCAUAGUGCUUUGCAGCAUAUAAGCCGGAAGCAUAAUGGCGCCAUAUAGCCGCUAAAUUAUUCUGUGGGCUACAACUUGAAUCCUCUUCUUCUUUAUAUUUAUUUUUUUAAUCCCAGCCUGUGUUUGCUCUAAUUUUAGCAAAGUGGCAGCAUUAAACGUGUGCCGAGUUGGAUAUUAGCAGUCAACUGCUGUACGAACAGCUGUGACUGAAUGACUUUGAUACUGACGGAAACUUCUAAACAUGAUGGUUCUCAGGCAGGUUCUGGAUGUUUACGGAGCGUCUGUCACCACAUGAUCUCUAAGCGGAGCUGAGGACGUUUACUAGUAACUGAAGACAUCCUCAGAAAGCGUAAGUCCCACAGAAUGUACAAAUAUGUACAUUAUACCUGUGACUAAAUAAUGACCCCGGGAACAGGUAGUUUUAGGUUCACCUGUCCCUUUCACUUCACCUUUGCCUAAUUUCUCAGUUUGAAAACCCCUGAUUUAGACUUUAUAGGAGUUUAUUAUAUAUAGUACAAAGAAGAGAUGCCUACUGAAAGCAUUACUGGGUGGAUUUUGUUUUUUUGGUGAUUACCAUUUUACUCUAAUAUUGUCUGAGAAAGAGAAAACAUGUAAUGCUUUGGUUUUUACAGCAGAGAUGAAGUGUUGCUGUUAUCAUGGACAAUAAGCUGCUUUGCAUCCUGAUGUGCUGUGGGUGGCAGACAUAGUUUUUCUGUUUUCAGGAGCCAUGGAUGUGUCAUUGUACAUACUGUAAAGAUGUAUAUGUAGGAGUUAUGGUUGAGAGUUAUUUAUUUACCUAAAGAUCAUAAUGUUACUGAGGAUUUCAGGUCAAAUGUAUUUGAAAUAUGUAGCAUUUUAUUUGUCACUUUUGGUGGCCAUUAAGGCCGUGGACCAACAUGAGAGAGUUUUUGUUUUUACCAGUGCAAUAUUGUUCCAGUCACAGCCAUGCGAAAUAACCAGUAUCACUGCAGGGGCACAGUACAAUCUGCCACAACACAUGCUACAGGCAAUUCAGUCUGAAAUCACACACACACACCACCUGUAGUUGUUUCACACCUUGUAUUUGUAUUUGAGCUACUGUUGACCUCUGCUGACUCUUUACAAAAACCGCUGAGCAUUUUGUAGGACUUACUGUACCUAUUUUUCAAACUGGAGUAUUUUAAAAAAAGAAAAACCUUUGAAAUAUAACUCGACACUGUUUUUAUUCAGUCAGCAGUGGGUGCAUGAGAAAGUGAAACCCCAUAAUGAAGCAGCUCUAUUUAACAAGCUGUUGCAUGUCAUCCAGCCAGACUGGAACUACGUAACCUCUGUUCUAAACAAUAAUAAAACAGUUAUGUUGU